AUGCAGAAUCGCAUCAAUGAGGCAAUUAAACUCAGUACAGUGGAACGUGUAGCCCUCUCUUUGCAAGGGCGUUACCAGUUGGUAACUGAUCUCAUCAACGUAAUCUCUGCCAAGCUCGUCGCCGCGGAGGGACAAGAUGAUGGCAUUCUCUGGCGCGUGCUUCUUUUAGAGCUCAAACUCGAAAUGGUGAGACUCUGGAUGUCUGUCGAGAAUGAUGCUCUAGCCGAAUCUUGGUCCCAGACACUGAUUUCUGAAUGGGAAACCCUAUCGUCGCUUCUUCAGGAACAUGGUCAGAAAAAAUACUUGUGGGCAGAGACUGCAUGGAGCUAUACCAUCGAGUUCUACCGUCUCAAAUUGAAAACCGUUACUGCCGGUGGAUCUCAAGAAUUGUUCAGCCAAGCGUUAGAACUCGCGGAACGAAUGGCAAUCUCCAUGCAUGGGUCGACCCCUCCGUGCUUUGAUUUGGCCAUGUCCAUUGCAGAUAAAGUCUAUGCCAGUCAGCCAUCCGUACUCAAAAUACAGAAAUCGCAUAUAUAUCAUCGCAGUCAACAAUACUUGGAAGCGAGUGAUCGGAUAGAUGACGCUGCUAUUAAUAUGUUGGAAGUUCUAUAUUCAUCUGUUCGCAAUUUGAACACUAUGACACAGUCUCUCAGACUUUUGGAAUCCUUUUUAGAAAGAUAUCCAACGUUACAUGAGGGCUAUGAAGAUGGCCUUCCAAGAAUAAGACAUUCAUUACUUCGCUUCAAAUACCAAGUCUAUUGUGAAAUCAAGAGACCGGACUUGCAGGAUUACUUGAAUGAUGUUAUGGAGAAGUUAGAGACACUUAAGUUAGGAUUUUCUUCUCAACCAGGAGAUUUGCGGCGAGAGCUCCAAGUUAGGCCGAGCGACAUGGAUUCCAUUGACCAAAGUCUCAUAAACGAGGAACGCAAUGCCAACGAGGGUCUGGCUGUUCAGGAUUGGUUCAUGUGGUCAGAGAGGAAGUCUGCUGGAAGAGUUGUCAAGGACAUCGUCUCCAGAGGAGAUUUUGACUCACGACAGUUAUCACUGCUCUUUGGCACUCAGGAAGUUGAAAAUAAAUCAGACGAGGAACUGCUCACCGAUUUGGUUGGUAACAUCGAGAAACCAUUACCAGGUUCUAUAUGGAGAAGGCGGUCUCAAGUACUGCGACGGUAUUUACUAGAAGACUGUGGACAUAAUGUCACACUUAUCUGCCUGUGGAUGGCGUUACAUAACCAGAGAUAUCAAGCUUGGAAAGUACAUUUCCAAGCAUACAUCCAGGCUCAUGUCAAGUCGUUCAAAGAAGCAUCCAACCGAUCUUCGAAUGAACUUGACGACGAGGAAAAGUCUUUCCAAGAUAUCCAGGAAUUCAAGGAAGCACUGGAAGACAGACUCGAUCUUCAGGAAGCACAAGACACCCUGGCUUAUGAGCAUUAUAGUCGACAAUCCCACAUACUGAGAUCUAUGCUUCCACAGAUUCUGUUAGCUAUGUUCUUGAGCUCUACCAAAUGUCGGGGGCUGAAUGAACGCAUUGGUUUCCUGGACCUUGCAGAAGAUGUUUCGCGGACGCAAGAGGCUCGUUGGCGUGCCAUGGAAGACUAUUCACUUUGGGCUACCGAAAUUCAUAUGAUGACCACAAUUUCAGGGAUAAGGAUUGAACUUGGAAACCUGCACGGGCAGGACUUGUUUCAGGUCGUGGAUAAAUCUGUUAGUAUGCUAGAAGAGACCGAGUCUAUCUUCGGUAUUACCAUAUCUAAUAUCGGGACUGGACACGCACUUUUUACACAUGAACUGAAGUCGGCAAUCGGGCAACAGGGUCUUGUGUGGAACAUUGGCUCUACAGCAAUUCGCAUCUUGCAUUGUGCUAUAACGGCCAUAAAUUCAAAUGCCAAGAAACGGACAGAAGGCCUGGCAGGAUUUGAAAAAGAGCAGCAUGAGCAUUAUGUUCGUAGGCUUUGGUAUUGGGUUCAGCGGACAAAGGCACGGACUCUUGCUCAACACAUGAGACUUGAUUCAGUUCCACCGGACAGCAUGCUGCACGAUAUGCAGGAUGAGUUACUUCAUGGGAAUCGUCGUGAGCAAGUGAAACUGACGAACGCAAUCCAAGAUACGAAACCAGAAGCUCGAUCCGAUAUGGUGGAGAAAUUAGAGCAUUUGCGAUGUGAUUCGGAAGCACUUGCAGGAUUUCAACACCUUGGCUACAUACGUGAAUGCCUCAAAACCAUCGAGAGUCCUUUGGGAGAAAGUGGAAGUACUGUACAUGAAGCAUUUGCUGAACUAAACCUCGAUGACCCUGUGCGGAAGCAAAAACCAUGGGUUGCGAUCCAGGCCAGGUUACAAAGGAUGCUUCACGAAAUAGACAACCCGGAAGGCAAACUCAAGCCUAAGGAGGAUGAAAAGGCAGAUUUGAAGACGCUACUGAAGUCGAUGCGAGCGAAAUCCAUUAGCAACAAAGGCAUCCUCAGGAUUCUAGAAAUCUGCAUGGCAAUCAAUAACGAAGAGAGGCUGCUUCAAGACCUGAACACAGCUUCAGAUACAAGUAUUUUCGACUUGAAUUUUCAACUUCGACACUUGAAAGAAGAGAUGAGGCAAGAUACGCUGCUUAAGAAGUAUCUGGAUAUUCGAGAAGGCAACCCUCUUUCCGAGGAUGACUUGCAAACGCUAUGUGGGAGUGGUAAUAGCAAGGUGGUUUUUAUAGAUUGGUUCCGUGUCACUCAUUUACUUGAAAGAGAUAUGCAAGUUCACAUGCUGACAGUACGAAAUGGAGUUUACCGUUUGGUAGACCUUCAAAUCGACGCGAGGAAUGUGGCGGAGGCUGUGCAAGGGUUUCUUACAGGCAUGAGAGCUGACACAAAACAAAGUCGCAGACAAAACCUCAACUUAUGUCAGUCACUGAUACUUCCACUUUUCCAACAGGAAAUCGUGGAGCAGGGCGACACACUGGUUAUCAGCCAGACUGAAGGCCUGUACCACUUUCCGUUCCACGCAGUUGAUUACCAUGACGAAACUACCGACAAGAGCUAUGAUGGGACUCCGAUCAUAGCACAUCAUCCCGUUGUCUAUUGUCCAUCCCUCUCCGCGCUCCACAACUCAUUUCGAACCCGAAUAAACGCAUCUAACACCGCGCCGCGGAUUGCACUGUCUAUAGGUGGAGUAGAAGAUCAGAAACAUCCCUAUGGAAGUGGGUCCGUCACCGAGAUCGGAACCAAAUCAUUGCAAUGUCCAGACACCGUAUUCGCCGGCCCAGAAGCUACUCUCGUCAACUUCCGCUUGCAUGUAGGUCAAGCAGAGAUCGUGCACGUCCACCUGCACUCCACCUUCAAAGGUGGUCCGAAUGACGAGUUCACUAUCAAGCCCCUGAACCAAGCAUUGAAAUUCAACGAUAGAAAUGAAGAUGGCUCUGCCGCUCUCCUGACUGCUCGAGAAAUUUUCGAUAUCAACACUAUGAGAGGAGCUCAUAUUAGCUUGGUCGCAUGUGCAAGUGGACGCUUUGAUGCUGGGACCAACAGGGAAGACUAUGCCGUUACAACAGACGAGGUGACGGGACUCGUGCCGGCGUGGAUGGUGGCUGGUGCUGGGUCAGUCGUCAGUGCGACUUGGAAAAUCAUGGACGAGUAUGCGGCGGAGUUCGGGAAGAGAUUCUUUUCAGGAUUGAGGAAGUUGGCUGAGGAGCAGCACCAGAAGAGUCUUGGAACUACAGGUAAUGGUUCUACGGGUGAUGAAGAUGCACGCAUAGAGACUUCUGGCGCACUGGAUAAUUGGAUUGAUUUAGCUGGGUUGCAGCAAAGUGUUGUGAUGGCUCUUCGUGAGAAAUAUGGUGCUGAAAAGGGGCUGUAUUCGUGGGCGGGGUUUGUGCUUAGUGGAUAUUGGAAGAUGAGGCCAUGGCCUGUGACUAGGACUUAA